AUGAUUACUUAUGGAAUAAUAUCACUAGUAGUUGGAUCAUUGCUUCUAGUUGGUUCAACUGGACAAACUAAUGAAGAAGAUGAUAUGAUAAAGUUUGAAGAGUACCAUACAUCGACAAAGUACAGCGUAGAGCAUUUAUAUCAGUUUGCUGAUGAGGUAUUUGGUGUAGAUAGAUGGUCAAAUGACAUACAUCAGACUUGCGAAACUAAAAAGAUUGAUCAGAAGAAGGCUUUGAUAUUUGCUGCAUGUCGGUCGACCGUUAAGGUUUCAUUACCCAGUGGAAUAUACCACGUAGGAAUUGGCUCUGAUUCUGGCAUUUUUUCUCCAAAAGAUAAAGGACUGAUUGAGUUCGAAAAGAGGUCUUUGGAGCUAGGUGUCUAUAACGCUCUGAUGUCUUUUGAUAAUGUAAAAAAUUCUAUACUGAAUGCCGAACAUGGUACUUUUAAAACGUUGAGAAUGCUGAACAAUGAAAAGCAGGAAAAAAAAGAAAAAAAAGAAGUAAACACAAGCGGAAAACUCUGGGAUGUGAUGACAAAAAAGGUAGACGAGGACGAAAAUUUGAAGGAAGAUAGUCGUGAUGAUGGAGAGUUCACGAAAAAUGACGAAGGUGAUUUAUCUAAAGUUCGAAUAGAGUAA